AUGCCUCCAAAGAAAUCAUUGCUGGACGAGCUUGCUGAUCUCGAUUCCACUGCUCCCAAAGACUACGAUCCCGAGGAUACUACCGAUGCAUUCCACGAUCGCGACCUUGAUCAGGAGGACACUGUCGAUGACGAAAAGGCACGGGAGCACUAUGUUGAAGUAGGCAAGAGCUCUUUACGCAACAGCCAGCAAUUUUUGCUUGACGACCCACGUUAUGCUGGCAAACGUGCCACUCGCAAGGAUUUAUUCUCUGACGACGAAUGGGUUGAUGAGGACCAGGAGGACGAUGAUGAUUCUGUCGCAAGUGAUGGUGCCGAAGAUAAGGAUGAUGAUUCCGAAGAGGAUGCCGAGUCUUGGAAUGGAUUUAGCGAUGGCCAAAAGGACGAGGUGCAACAAGAAGAUGAGGAUGAGGACGACGAGGAUGAUGAGCAAGAACAAGAACAAAGCGAAUCAGAUGAAGAAGAGGAAGAAGAUGAAGAUGAUGAAGAACAAGAUCAAAGUGAGGUUCAAAAUCAAUUACGUCGGAUACAACAAGAGGAGCAAGAAAUGAUUUCCAAAAUGUCACAAAGCGCACAAGGCGAUAUCGAAAAGGGUCAACAUGUUCGAGAGCAAUUGUCAUUGUGGGAAAGGUUUUUGGAAAGCCGCAUCCGUAUGCAAAAGGUGAUGGAUGUCGCAAAUCAACUUCCACAGCAUGAUACAUGGCCUGAUUUCCUUGCAAAAGAAGAAGGCAUUGAACCUGUUUUGGAUGAGACCAAGAACGAGCUGCGUGAAGUGAUUGAUGACUUGCUGGACAUGCGGACAUCCAUGUUUGCGGAUAACGAUGCUAUUGAAUUUGGAGAUCACACAUGGAACAGCAGAAAACGCCAUCUUGAAGAUGAUGACGAAUACAUUGAAAAGCUCUGGGAUGAUAUUUCUCAAGUGAAUGAAGUGUUCCUUCCAUACCGUAAUACGACUCUAGAAAAGUGGAGCAAUAAGGUGCAGGUAGCCUCUAGUGCACGACUCAACAAGAAAUUCAAGGCAUUUGAUCAGAAUGUCAUGACGCAAAUUGAUAAUAUCAUGAAUGACAAGGAUCGGUUGAUUCGACGUACACAAUUACAACGUAAUGAUUACAAGAUAUUGGGCAAGAAGGAACAAGAUGAGGAGGAUGAGAAGGAAGCAGCACUACCGGAAGAGGAAGGUGGUCGAAAGGCGGAUCGACAUUUGAUGACUUACGACGAAGAGAUUUUUGACGACAAUGACUUUUAUCAACAAUUACUUCGAGAGCUGAUUGAUGCACGUAUGGUGGAUACGGAUGACCCGAUUGCCAAUGGCAUGCGAUGGGCUGCUCGCAAGAGUAUGGAGAAUCAAAAGAAAAAGAAGAACAAGAGCAAACGUUUGGAAAUGUACAAGGGAAGCAAGGGCCGUGCAUUAAAAUUCGAUGUGCAUGACAAGCUGCAAAACUUUAUGGCACCCGUACCCACAGGCACAUGGCAUGAAGAGAGGACCGAGGAAUUGUAUUCAUCAUUAUUAGGACAGAAAAGAGAUAUUUUAGAUGAAGCGGCUGCUUGA